AUGAAGUUCAACCCCAACCGCUACGACCUCAUCCUGCUCUUCGCCGUGGUGUCGGGGAUCUACUACGUCAUCGACGAAACCCUGGAGACGGUAGCAAGGGAAGAUCCGUCGAUCAACAAGAUCCAUCUGCACGGCCACCCGCGCCGCGGCGAUGCUUAUGAGACGACUGUCCAAGAGAUGCCGUGGGAGGUACGUGGAUUCCCCGACGCCGUCUUCCGCCGCGUCAACGUCUACCUCGACUCGCACGCAUACCUCAUAAAGAGGAGCCACGCGCGAGCGAUUGUCGAGGCCCACGAUCUAUUGAAGAACGGCUCGACGGCGUGCCGGAACCCGUGGUACGAUUCUGAUGUUCAAGCGAACACGUGCUCAUUAGAUCCGUCGUUGCUGUACGGGGACUUCCAGGCCUGUGCCUUACCAGGGACAAGCUGUGCCGGCCUGGCGCUCGGUACAAAAUCAUCACAUAACCUCGUCGUCCACGGUAGUGGAGGCAAGGAUAACAAGGAGGAGCACCGCGACGCCAAGCGCCUCAAUAUCCGGACGCAGCACGCGCCGGCUCCUCUGAAACGCUUCGGGAGCGUGGGCGAACUUAGGAAAUGGGCGCACGCGGGCGGCGCCGCGGCGUGGCGCCGCGCCGAGCGUCUUAAACAUGCGCGGUGGCAAUUGGAAGUAGACGAGUACCGCGUCGCGCACGGGCUUGUGGGCGACGCCGAGUAA